AGGAGGAGGACAUUUAGUUAUCAAGUCUAAAAGAAGAUAAAUAGUGACUCAGUUAGUCAGACACUGCAAAACCUCACGUGCAACACUGAGAUCUAUAAAACCUACAACACUGAGUUUACCUCCUUCACAUUUCAGGCCGCGAGCACUAUCCUUAAUCUACAUCAGGUUACCCAAGUAAUACUGCUAAUAAGUGAGUUUCACCAUAUCAGUGAUGGACCAGUGUCUGUUCAUGUUCCUGUAUUUCACAGGAGUCUUCCCUCUCGUCCUCUCUUUCACUCGUUAUUACUUGAUCCAGCAGGGGAAAACAUGGACUGAUGCUCAGGCUUACUGUCGAGAUAAACACACUGAUCUGGUUAUGAUCCAAACUAGUGAUGUCAUGGUUCAAAUUCAGAAUGAAGCACAGAGACAACAGUUCAGUUCCAGUGCUUGGAUUGGACUGUAUGAUGACGUUAACAGCUGGCGCUGGUCCAUGGGAAAUGAACCACUUGGAACUAUGAAAGCAUGGAAUGCAGGACAGCCUGACAACUGGAUGGGAAAUGAAGCAUGUGGUGCUAUAAGUGGGAGCAGAUGGGCUGAUAUACCAUGUACUUCCACAUGCCCCUUUAUGUGCUUUGAUGACACUAAAACUGGCAAUGAGAGGUACAUUUACAUCUCUGACAGUAUGACAUGGUCUGCAGCUCAAGCUUACUGCAGAACAAAUCACACUGAUCUGGUCAGUGCUAGAGAUGAAACAGAAAAUUCAGUUAUAGCAGGAAUGAUCCCUGGCUUGACUUGGAUUGGUCUGUUCAGAGACAAAUGGAAGUGGAUAGACAAAAAUAACUUCUCUUCCACAAGCUGGUUAUCUGCAAAUAUUAAUAAUGCUAUGGGGAAUGAAGACUGUGGUUAUUUAAAUAACGGUCGGGCUGCUGAUGCACAGUGCUCAGACAUCAUGCCUUUCUUCUGUUACUCAGAAAUCACUGGAAAACUACAAAUCAUCAGAGUGAAGGUCCGGUCCAGUCAGGAUGUGAAGGAUCCUGCAGUAAAGGAGGCCAUAUUGGAGCAGAUCAAGAAGAAACUGAAGGAUCAUGGGAUGGCAAAGAACAUCACCGUGAAAUGGAGAGAACAACCAGAUGGAAAUGUGUUUCACAAGGAGAAAGAAAAUAACAGUACAGGAUGAAAAGAACUCUUUAAGAAGUCUGUUUAAAUUAGAAAUAUCAUGUUAGUGUAAAUUAAAUAAUCAUUGUAGGCAGGAGUGGAAAACAUUCUGAGAAGUUAAUCUUAAAUUAAAGUGUAGAUAAUGUGAAUCUUAAUUAAACGUGGAACUGUCUGGCCAAAGUUUAAGAAAAUGAAAGUAAA